AUGGCAGAUGAAGAAUUUGACCCAGGUGAGGUCAUUUACUUGUCCAGUGGAGACGAAGCAGCGGCAGCUGCCAAGAAAAGGCCUCUCGAGGAUGAUUCAACUCCUGAGCCCAAGCGCUUGAGGAGUCAUGCGCGUGCGGCCAAAGCCCCCAGAAUCGAGGAGCAAUCUGUAAAAGGACUGAAGCCUACAGAGGGGUCGACAGCCGUUGGCAAGUCCUCAGCGCGGUCAAUCACAUCAGGUGACUCCGCACCCGAAGAUUCUGGCGAAAUUCCUGACUACAAGCAAGGUAGUGCCAGCUUCAAAAUACCCAACCUCAUGGAUAAGAAAGGCGGCUCCUGGCUUAAAAGGCUUAAGGACUGGGUCAAGGCAUUCCAUGCCCAAAAUCCGGGAAAAUGUGAUGCCAUUACCUCAUCAUUAACUUACUCUGCUUAUGGGUACUAUAUUGACCACCACGCUGGCUUGAAGCCCAAGAAGAGAAAGAACGCAAAGCAAGUUGCAAAGGAGCUUGAAAGCACUGGCGAACUUCAAGCUCUUAUUGGAAAUCUCCAUUCUUUGGGUGGCUGUGGGCCUAACCAGCCAACUCUCGACAGCUGGGUGACAAGGCAACCCCGACAGGAACCUGUCAAGAAAAGUAAAACCUCACGCGCUUCUAGCGUAAGCGAGGGAGAAAUUGACGAAAGGGACGAGGAUGGCUCCGAAAGCGAAGCUGAGUACGAGCCAACCUUAAACAAGAAUGAGAGGACUGGGGAAGAUGGCAGAGAAGACUACGCAUCAGGCAUGAAGAUACCUGCAAAUGGCAACUCAACAUCCAAAGUUUCAGAUCCUCAGAGCUUACCGCCGAUUAACACUCACCGGAAUGUUCCCACCGGUGAUAAUGCAUUAGAACAACAGCGCAGAUACUUCCCGUCGGCCAUGGAUCCUGCCCGGAUGUGUCUUCUCUGUGGGCUGAAUGCACAUCUGGCACCUAGCUGCCCAUCCCUUAUCUGCUCAUCAUGUGGAAGUUUGGAACACUCAAGAAUCUGUUGCCCUGGAAAGGAACGAUGCAACAAAUGCCGCCAACUUGGCCACCAAGCAGGGCAAUGCACUGAGAAGCUGGCUUUGACCAAGGAAGAAGGCCUUGCAUGUGUCUUUUGCAGCUCAAUGAAUCACCUUGAGGAGCAGUGCACACAGGUGUGGCGAUCGUUCUACCCGGAUGUAUCUACAGUCAGAAAAGUUGCGUUUAUUCCUGCAUCGUGCGCUGUGUGCGGUAGUGAUAGGCACUUUUCUUCGGACUGCAAUGCGCGCCACAAUGCCGUCUCUAAUCCUACAUGGUCUGUGAAGAACCGCGAUCAAUAUAUUGACCCGGAUUGUGGCUCAGUGCCGAUCGAAGGGGAGGCGGGAGGGCAGCAAAAUGUCAGGACCACCAGAGCCCCCGACCUCAAGAUUCGCGGUCACGCUGCGCGAACGACGAACAUUCACUACUCAGAGAGCGACGACUCGGAAGUGGAGUUUCUAGGCCACAAACGCGUUCAGAAGCCAGCGAUAGGCCAAAUUCGAAUGGCCAGUAACAUCCAGUUGCCAAACAUGCAAAAUGGAGGGUCGGGACGAAACAACAGACAGAAUGGCGUGCCAGUCCACCCCCCUCUCCCUCCUGGACCACCUCCCGGACUACCGCCCAUGCGAGGUUCCUUUGGACACCCGCCUCCACCUGGUGCUCCGCCUGGGCAAUUUUCAUCGCUACCUAGAAAGCCUCCUACCCAAGACUAUAGGAAUGUCCCCCCGCCAUCUCACCACGGCUCUCAGGGACUCGGAAGGUCGCAUGCUAGUAACGGGCCACAAGGGUCCAAGCCUAGAGGAGGUGGACGUGGAGGUCGUGGCGGUCGUGGAAGGGGCAGGGGUAGAGGGAGGGGCAGAUGA